AUGCGUCUUCUAGGGCUACUAUUAUUCUUGACCAGCCCGGCGCUGCUGGAAGCCUCGUUGAGACCUGCAAAACGUUCUUAUGACACACACAGUUACUAUGUUAUCCACCACGAUCCCUCCUUUGGCCAAUCCCCAGCCGACAGCGCAGCGGCGUUGGGCGCAGAGCUCGUGGAACAAGUUGGAGAACUCCAGGACCACUAUCUUGUCCGCUACGAGAAGGAUUCCCAACCAGAGCGAACGCUCUUCGACGCUGGGAAGGAGCCAGUCACCCGCCGCAAGAAUGUCUUAACACGAAGACAUGACAAUCUCCCGCCAUCUAUUCGUUCUUUGACAUACCAGACCGUUAGACAGCGUGUCAAGCGUGCACCGGUCCCGUCGUUUCCAUCCGUAGACAAAGUGGUCUCGGAGUUCAAUAUUCACGACCCGCUUUUCUCCUCGCAAUGGCAUAUCGUCAACAAGGAGGAUCCACAACACAUGGUCAAUGUGACUGGGCUAUGGAAGGAGGGAAUCACUGGAAAGGGAGUGAUAUCCGCAUUGAUAGAUGAUGGACUAGAUUAUACAAGCGACGACCUAAAAGCGAACUUUUAUGCACCAGGUUCGCACGAUUUCAACGACCACGAAGACUUGCCUACACCAAAGUUAUGGGAUGACAAGCACGGCACGCGAUGUGCUGGAGAAAUUGCUGCCGUCAAGAACGACGUCUGCGGGGUUGGCCUUGCGUACGAUUCAAAAGUGGCAGGAAUUCGCAUUCUCUCUGGGCCAAUCUCAGACGCGGACGAGGCUGUUGCCUUGAACUUUGGAUUCCAGGAGAGCCAGAUUUAUAGCUGCAGCUGGGGACCACCAGACUCUGGACAAGCUAUGGAUGGGCCUAACCUCAUUGUCAGCAAGGCGAUCCUCAAUGGUAUCAAUAAUGGUCGUGGCGGUAAAGGUUCAAUUUUUGUGUUUGCCUCUGGAAAUGGUGCUGCCGUGGGAGACUCGUGCAACUUUGAUGGAUACACCAAUAGUAUCUACACCAUUACCGUUGGCGCUAUUGAUAGUAAAGGGCUACACCCUUUCUACUCAGAGGCCUGUGCGGCGAACCUGUUUGUGACCUAUAGCUCUGGGUCAGGCAAGUAUAUCUCAACAACAGAUGUUGGGGAGAAAUGUUCUAGGCACCAUGGCGGCACCUCGGCUGCGGCGCCUCUUGCUGUGGGUGCAUUCGCUCUGGCGUUAAGUGUUCGACCGGAUCUUACCUGGCGGGACGCCCAGCACAUUGCGAUUCAUGCCGCUCUUCACUUCAAUCCAGAAGACCCCGACUGGGAAAUGACAGCAAGCGGUCGACCAUAUUCCUACAAAUAUGGAUAUGGUAAAAUGGACGCAUAUACAUUGGUUCAUAUAGCAAAAUCAUGGCAACUCGUCAAACCACAGGUCUGGAUGUCCCUGCCAACCAUCGAGUUUGAAGAUGCCGCGAUGGAAGAUGGAGUGAUGACUGGAGGUCAACCCAUCAAGGAAGGAGGCGUUCGCAGUACGACCACUAUCACCAAAGCCAUGCUGGAGGAAAACAACUUUGAGAAGUUGGAACACAUUACCGUCAAAGUGUGGAUCACGCAUACCCGCCGUGGUGAUGUCGAGGUCCAAUUGAUCAGUCCUGCUGGCAUCAAAAGCGUUCUUGGCUCUCGUCGACCAGGGGACCACGCCGAUACUGGCUAUCCUGGAUGGACAUUUAUGACCGUCAAGCAUUGGGACGAGAACCCUAUUGGACAGUGGACGCUGCACGUUUUCGACCAAGGCAACUCGGAAGCUGGUUCGAUUCUCGGAUGGUCUAUGACGCUUUGGGGAUCUGCAAUUGAUCCUGAGGAUACUGAGAAAUAUGAACUUCCUGACGACCCGAACGAAGGCCACAAUCUGCCACCGCAUCCGACAGCAACGACAUCGACAUCCAAGCAGCAUGUUAAACCUACACAUCACCUUCCAGAAGAUCAUGGUUCACAAAGUGGCGAAGCAACGCGACCUGCAUUCCAUCCCACGGAUUCCAAGCCGGGAACAGCUCCGACAAACUCUUCGUCGACAUUGCCAACGGAUGAAGGCGUAUUCACGCACAUGUAUGAUCUGAUGCGCAACCAGCUCUGGUUGAUUGGAGCGUUUGGUAUCGUGAUCAUCUUUGGUGUGGGAGCUGGUGUAUUCCUGUGGAGACGACGACAAAUGGCGAAACGGGCCAAGGGUACAUAUGCGCAGAUUCCAGGAGACAAUAUGCCAAUGCGUUCGAUGGAGGGACAAACUGCAGGAAGUGGAGAACCGGGCAGCGGAGAACGAAGUGCAGGAGGUACGAGGGAGCUGUACGAUGCAUUUGGUGUUGGAUCGGACGAUGAGGAUGAAGCCGACGAACACAGUGCACUUACUGGGGGUGGUGCGAGUCGAUACGUGCAGCAAGCGACCGUGUCCUACCACGACGGCUUCCUGGAUGACGAGGGGACUAUCUACUGCUCACACGGCCCGUACAACGUACAGAGACGAACCUGGUCCGGAGGAGACGCAGCAAGAGGCCAGCCAUUCGCCGCCACGAGAAGGGAGUGA